UAUUCAUAGCGCGCGCCGUGGAUGGACUCGUCCAACUUCAAUCAGCCGGUGUGCGUCUCCUCAGUUGCGCAUUCUCAGACCUUGUUUUCUGCCCCGCAUCAUGUGGAUUGAAGGAGACUGAGCCCACGCCGCAUGCGCCAGCCGCACCCCUCCUCCCCCCUGUGCAGUGCGUCGAUACUACCAGUGACUGCCCACAGUACAUAAUGUCGCGCCUCCCACGCACCUCGCGUCCAGAGCUUAGCGGCGGGCUUUUUUUGCUUGUUCCCCAUUCACUCCUCAAGCCCGGAUCGAGUACUGUGUACGCGCGUCCUCGACCCCGACUCCGCUCGUCGCCAACUUGAGCCGUACGACGCAGGCCCAGCGCGGGGAAACAGCUGAAAUGUCGGGCUUCUUCCACAAGCUCAAGUCGGAGGUGUCGGAGCUGAAGGACAAGCUCGAGGGGACUGCGCUGCAUGACGCAAAGGUUCGCCUAACCAACAAAAAGCAUCAGAUUGGCAAAUUCACAAACUUGUUCAACCCCGAGCACCGCCACGACGAGGAGCACGAGAAGGCAUGCGACGAGAAGCGGACCAAGAUCUGCGACUCCCACCGGUUCAAGUCCUUCUUCCCCGAGCGCGAGGACAAUCUGGUGAAGUGGUAUGUCGAUGGCCGCGACUAUUGCUGGGCCGUUAGUGUCGCCCUGGAAAACGCCAAGGAGACCAUCUACAUUGCCGACUGGUGGCUGUCGCCCGAGCUGUUCUUGCGUCGGCCCCCAUACUACAACCAAGAGUGGCGCCUUGACCAGAUACUCAAGCGCAAGGCCGAGGCCGGCGUCAAGAUUUAUGUCAGCGUCUAUCGCGAGGUCGAGGCGGCACUGGCGUGCAACUCGGAACACACCAAGCAUGCUCUACAGGCCCUCUGCCCCGAGGGUAGCCCCGGUCAUGGAAACAUCCGCAUCAUGCGCCACCCAGACCACAACGUUUUCGAGAACGCGGCCGACAUGACCUUUUACUGGGCACACCACGAGAAAUUCAUCGUCAUUGACUACGCCGUCGCCUUCAUUGGCGGUAUCGAUCUGUGCUUCGGCCGCUGGGACAACCACCAACACCCCCUGGCCGACAUGCAUCCCGAAGGCGUCGCCAACGAGGUGUGGCCGGGCCAAGAUUUCAACAACAACCGCAUUAUGGACUUCAAGAACGUGCAGGACUGGAAGCGAAAUGAGCUUAGCAAGGCCGAGCACGGCCGCAUGCCGUGGCACGACAUCUCCAUGGGCAUCAUCGGUCCUUGUGUGUACGACAUCGCCGAGCACUUUGUUCUGCGCUGGAACUUUGUAAAGCGCGACAAGUACAAGAGGGAUGACCGCUACGACUGGCUUGAGCUCCGUGGCCGCCAGGGCGAGAACGAGGAUCUUGUCGGUGUUCAGCGACCGAAGCACCCCGUCGGCGAGUAUAUACUGCACCCCCUCUCGCCUGUCGAGGAGAAGGAUCUCAACAACUGCGGCACCGUACAUGCUCAAGUAGUGCGCUCCAGCGCCGACUGGUCCAGUGGUAUCCUGAAGGAAAAGUCGAUUCAUAACGCAUACGUGGAGGUCAUCGGCCAGGCCCAGCAUUACGUUUACAUCGAGAAUCAGUUUUUCAUCACUGCCACCGGUGACCAGCAGUCACCCAUUCACAACCAAAUUGGCCGCGCAAUCGUCGACGCCGUUGUCCGUGCGAGCAAGGAAGCCCGCAAGUUCCGCAUCAUCAUUCUUAUACCCGCCGUACCAGGAUUCGCGGGCGACCUCCGCGAAGAUGCUGCAACAGGCACCCGUGCUAUCAUGGACUACCAGUACAAGUCAAUAUGUCGGGGAGAGCAUUCCAUCUUUGAGCAAAUUAAGAAGGAGGGUGUGGACCCUCAGAAAUAUGUCUUCUUCUUCAACCUCCGCGCUUACGACAGACUCAACAAGACACCGGCGGUGAAGCAUCAGGAGGAAGUGGCCGGGGUUAGGUACCAGGACGUGCAGCGAGCCGAGGCCGAAGAGAUCAUGGGUAAAGCGAUCCAUGGCGCAGCCGAUGGGGAGGAAGGACGUGACGCACACAUGGGUACUGUCGCCGAGCAGACAGGCGAGGGCUCGGACCAGGCAACGGAACAUGCCAUCGACGCCAAGAGAAAGUUCGAGGAGGUCCAGGGGGAGAAAGAACACAAGACAGAGUCCAGCUAUAGCGUGAGCCACCACGCCAUGGCAGGCCCAGGCAAGCUCUCUGACGAGCCAUGGGAGGGCGAUCCCAAGGAUGAGGUGGAAAACUGGAUUCAGGAGGAGCUCUACAUCCACUCCAAGCUGCUCAUUGCCGACGACAGGGUUGUCAUCUGUGGCAGCAGUAACCUCAAUGACCGAAGCCAGGAGGGUCAUCACGACAGCGAACUGAGUAUCGUGAUGGAGGACCGGAGGAAGAUACAAACUCGGAUGGAUGGCCAACCCUUCGAAGCCGGUUAUCAUGCCGCCACGCUCAGGAGGUACCUUUGGCGGGAGCAUCUGGGCCUGCUUCCUCCUCAAGACAACGACGCGUCCGACGACCCUAAUGCUCAGCCGCCUGGGAAGGACUCACCAAACGACGUCUACGACAAGGACGAGAGCUGGGCGUUUGUCGAGGACCCGCUCGACGAGAAGCUCUGGGAGACGUGGACGAAGCAAGCUACGCAGAAUACGGAGACGUUCCGGCACUUGUUCCAUGUGGACCCCGACGAUCAUGUCAAAACCUUUGACGAGUACGACCACUUCCGUCCCGCGAAGGGCGUGAAACCUGGCCACAUCUAUGACCGGUUCCUGCCGCCCGACGAUAUCCGGGAGAAGCUUGACCAGAUCAAAGGACACCUGGUCUGGAUGCCUAUGGAAUUCCUUGAGGAUGCCGAGAUGGCUGAACGGGGUCUGCAGGUCAACCAGUGGACCGAGAGUGUUUACGCAUAGCCUCUCUGUCCACGCCACCAGGUGUUCAAGGGAACUUCCAGCUCAUAUUUACGUUUUUCUUCUUGCCGCCUGGCUUUUCUUCAUCAAACCCUUGCAGCACUCAUGUACGUAUCCGGGGUUUGGGGUCAUGAUCUUACGAAACGCGGUUAAUGACCAGAGUAAUGAAUAACCCAUCAAUAGCAUAUUGUGUCUAAUGAUGCAUGCUGAUUUGAAAAUCAUGGGGAUACUUGUCACGGUCAACGAGAGCACAUGAACACACGGCAAUUUCAAUUGCCCAAAAUGAUUAUCUUAUUACUCGUACAAUAUGGUGGCUCCUAUGAUGGCU